AUGUUUACAAUUAAUGGCACUCAGAUGCUUCCCAUGAAUGACUUGAUUCCAUUUGAUGAUACUUAUGUGCUUUAUAAUCCAAACGAUAUUGUAUCAUUUAUCUCGUGCUACUUUUCUCUUCUUCCAAUUGCUAUUCUUGUGUUUUACUUCUCAUGGUUUGUGACAACUCGUGAAAUGGAAGCAGUGUUUAUUGCGGUUGGCCAUCUAGCUAAUGAGAUUUUGAAUAACGUUGUAAAGAAUUUUGUAAAAGAGCCGAGACCAUACAAUUUUGGUAGUUUCCAGAGAGAAUCAUUGAGAUCAGGGUUUGGGAUGCCAAGUGCACAUUCCCAAUUUAUGGGGUUUUUUGCAAUGUUUCUGGGUCUGCGACUCUGGUUGCAGUGGACUGGGUUACGGAAAUUGCAUAGGGUUUCUGGGACGGUUAUAUUGUUUUUGGCAACUCUUGGUGUGGCAGGGUCUCGGGUAUAUUUGGGAUACCAUAGUGUGCCUCAGGUGAUUGUUGGCAUAUCGCUUGGCACAUUCUUUGGUUCACUUUAUUUUAUAGUGGUCGGGUUCAUCAGACAUAGUGGGCUUUCGGACUGGGUUUUGUCAUGGAGACUUGCGAAAUGGUUCCUCGUCAAGGAUUCAUGUUAUCACUCCCCCAGGAGCCUUCGGGAAGACUAUGACGCCUAUUGGAAGAGACGCCAAGCUCAGAUUCUAAAGUUCAAAAAGGAUAUUUAG